AUGAAGAUUGUAGCCAUCCUCUCUCUCGUCUCUGUAGUCUCUGCCUACAUCCUAGGCCCGGGAGGCAUCGACUUAGCCCCCUUUGCCUCCGCCGCCAAGGACGCUGUUGGUGACAAGAUCGACGAGAGCAAGCACGAUGGCAAGGCCGAAGCCCACAAGCAGCAGAUCUAA